AUGCUAUCAAUAGACAUUAAUAAUAAUAACAACAACAACGAUAAUAAUGGAAUACUCGUAGAUGGUGAGGACUCGGAAGAAGAAAAUACUUUAUUAGACGAAUCAAAUCAUGCUGCUAAAAAACAAUCUGCUCUUGACGCGUUAAUUACAAAAAUUGGAAUGGGAAAAUUUCAAAAACAAUUAUUGGUUUUAUGUGGAUUCGGCUGGCUUGCUGAUAAUGUUAGUGAUGAGAUUAAUUAUAUUAUAAUCAAUAAUUCAUAUCAUAUAUUUGGUGUGGCUGUAAUAUUACCAAGAGUUCAGCGUCAUUAUAAUAUAUCAAAUGAAUAUAUUGGUAUUUUAUCUAGUUCAAUAUUUACAGGAAUGAUGUUUGGUGCCCUUUUCUGGGGGGUUCUUUCUGAUUCUCACGGUCGUAAGCAAGCAUUCAAUUGGACCUUAGCGAUCACAUCAUUAUUUGGAGUAUUUUCAAGUUUUUCGCAAAAUUUCGCACAAUUAUGUUUUUUAUUAUUUUUAUUAGGAUUUGGUGUCGGUGGAAAUAUGCCAGUUGAUGGCGCACUUUUCCUGGAAUUCAUACCAAAAGAACAUCAGUAUCUUUUAACUUUUAUGUCAGUAUUUUUUUCAUUUGGAGCUGUCUUAACAUCAGUGUUGGCAUAUAUUAUUCUGCCUCCAUACAGUUGUCCAGAAGUGAAAAAGGGCGAAAUAGAUACUUGUGAUGUGUCGAUAGAAAAUAAUGGCUGGAGAUAUUUGUUGGCAACUUUAGGAACUUUGACAUUUCUUAUGCUUGUUGCUCGUAUAUUAUUUUUUCGUCUUCAAGAAUCACCAAAAUAUCUAAUAUCUCGUAAUCGUAAACAUGAUGCAAUAUUAGUACUGCGUAAAAUUGCAAGCAUUAAUGGCAAUGAUAUGCAAAUACAAGUCACUGAUUUCCCAACAACUCCAGUAGCAAGCAAUAAAGCAAGCAUGGAUGGAUCCAUUUCUCCAUCAUCGUUUUCUUACCCAACACGUCAACAACAUCAUGACGAUGAUCCAGAAUCAUUUUCAAAGUUUUUCUCUAAUCCUUUAGGUUUUAUAAAUUCACGUCUCUCAUCAAAGGUGGUAGCGGUCAAACCAUUAUUUUCAAGAAAAUGGGUUACUACUACAUUACUUGUAUGGGCUAUAUGGACUCUGGUUUCAUUUGGUUAUACUAUGUUUAAUGUUUUUCUGCCUAAAUAUCUUGAAAAUCUAGGUUCAGAUGAAGAUACUGAUGAUGAAAAUCGAUCAAUGAAAAAUGUAUUAAAAGAUUAUCUGAUUUAUUCAAUAUGUGGAUUACCUGGUUCUUUGCUUGGAACGUAUUUUAUUGAGACAGCCCUUGGUCGUAGAGGUACAAUGUCUUUGGCAACAUUUGGAACUGCCUUUGCUGUGUUUAUGUUUUCCAUAGUCAAUACACAUUCUGGUGAAGUGAUUUUUUCUGCAAUGUUUAGUUUAUUGGCAACUUUAAAUUAUGCUGUUAUUUAUGGCUACACGCCUGAAGUAUUUGAGGCAAAAUUAAGAGGUACUGCAUGUGGCAUAAGUUCUGCAUUUGGGAGAAUAGCUGGCAUAAUUGCUCCUAUAAUAACAGGAAUAUUAUUAUCAAUUGGCAUCACAAUUCCACUAUAUGUAUCGUCAUUUUUAUUUUUGUUAUCCGGCAUUUGUAUGGUAUUAUUACCAAUAGAGACUAGAGGAAGACAAGCUUAA